GUAUUUUGAAAGACGAGUUAUGCUAUACUGAGUUUGACGAAUAUAUGACAAAUGAGUUAUUUUCAGAAUGUAAAUACCUGAAACGUAUCUGGCGCGAGGCCAUAUUUAUAUUAUCGGCACGAGACCAUAUUUACGAUGUUGGCACGAGGCCAUGUAUUUAUAUUAUCGGCACGAGGUUGUAUUUACGAUGUUGGCGCGAGAACAUGUAUUUAUAUUAUCGGCACGAGACCGUAUUUACGAUUUUGGCGCAAGGCCAUGUAUUUAUGUUAUCGGCACAAGGCUGUAUUUAUGAUUUCGGCGCGAGGCCGUAUCUAUGUUUUCGGCACGAGGCCGUGAUGAUGUUAUGUAUGUUCAUGUAUUAUAUGUUAUUACAACCAGGAUGUUAGUUUAGUUCAGUUCAGGGCUCGGUACCGUAGCUAUUUGUGUAGAUUAGAUAUCUACGUUAGAUUAGUGCUAACCAUCCCACGAGGGGAUGAGAGAUGGAUAGUCGAUGUGGCUUUCAGUAGAGUGUGGACGUCCACCUGGCAGUCCGGACUAGGGUGUAGCGGGCCCAUCGUACUUACAGACAUAUUUGAUUCAGCAGUGGUCGGCCAGCCAUUGUCGGGUCCCACCUUCGAGCUGCACAACCCGUCAUGAGAGGAAAUCUAGAGAGACUGGCGGGUCAGGGCCGCCGUUGAGUGAUUGGUGCUUCCCUAAUAGAAGGCACAACUUUUGAGGAUAUCAAACAGGAGGAACAAUAGGUUUGAUGGCCUCUGAGAGGGAAAUUUUCAACUUGUGUGGACCAUUGCACUUGACUACUAUUGAUUGGAAGAAUCCACAUCAUCGACGGUCUGUUGCUGCCAGUUUGGUUCAGGGUGUGUACAUUUUGGAGCGUGACCGACAGCAGAAACGUCAAGGGUCUGAAGCUCUUGCUCCUCCUUGGUGGGAGUUCUUCAGUUUUCAUUUACUCGAACAUCUUGUGGAUGAUGCUGAUUUUUCCAUAUUUGGUGCCAUUUUUGAAUUUAAAUACCCACCAGGGUAUAACUACCCAACAGAUGGCAGCCCACACUAUGUAAUAGCCUUCCGCGGUACUCUAAAAAAACCAGAAUCCUUUUCACAGGACUUUAAAUUGGACUUUCACUUCAUCCAAAAUGGACUUCAUCAGACAUCUCGUUUUGAAAUUGCUAUGCAAGCUGUCCGAAAAUUCGUUGCUGCAUAUGGAAACUCUAAUAUUUGGCUAGCAGGCCAUUCGUUGGGGUCAGCCAUGGCAAUGCUUGCUGGAAAGAAUAUGGCCAAGACAGGCAUAUUUCUUGAAGCUUUUCUUUUUAAUCCACCAUUUGCUUCAGCGCCAAUAGAGAAAAUCAAGGAUAAGAAGCUGAAGCAUGGGAUUCGAAUCGCAAGCAGUUUCAUCACAGCAGGCCUCACCAUUGCCGUAAAGGGUCAGCACCAGACGAAUUGCUCCCAAGAUUCAUUUGUUGCCUUGUCUGGAUGGUUCCCAUGUUUAUUUGUGAAUAAAGCAGAUCACAUCUGCGCAGAGUAUGUCGGGUACUUCGAACACAGGAAAAAGAUGGAGGAGAUCGGGGCUGGAGGCAUUGAAAGAUUGGCUACCCAGAACUCAAUUGGGGGUUUAUUCAUGAGUGCAAUUGGCAAAGGAUCAGAGCCACUGCACCUCAUUCCUUCAGCAAAUUUGACUGUUAAUUUGACACCUUCCCCUGAUUUCAAAAGAGCUCAUGGGAUUCACCAGUGGUGGAGACCUGAUCUGCACCUGCAGUCCAAGCUUUACAAGUACAGAUAGUGUUUGGAAGAGUUGACAUUAUUUUCUCUCAGUUUAUCAGCUACUAUCUCUCUGGGAAUAUAUUUUUUGAUUUUCUUUGUAAUGGGUGAUGGAGCUUGGAUCCUUAAUUUCUGUAUCCUUCAAUAUUUUUUUUUUCUUUUUUUUUUCUUUUGUAAAGAGUGAAGUGACUUUUUCUUGUUUGGUUUGUCUCCACUUUCCAUCACAAAUUUAGAACCUAAUGAUCUCCCAAUUCUUCA